AGAACAGAACAAUAAACUCUUCGGGAGGUGCUUCCGGAUAGAGACUCGACAUGGGCAAUGGUGAGGUGCGUGAAGGUACCCGACCCGACAGGAGCCAUGCCAGGAAGUACCGAAAAUAGUGUGGUGAUGAAGCCGUCUGGCGAUGGCCCCGUGGUGGGCAUCGACCUGGGCACCACCUACUCCGUGGUGGCCGUGUACCGCAGGGGCAAGGUGGAAAUCUUCUCCAAUGACAACGGCAGCCGCACCACUCCCAGUGUGGUGGGCUUCAUGGACGGCGAGUCCUUCGUCGGGGAGGCGGCCAAGGACCUGCCGGCCUCCAACCAGGUCUACGACGCCAAGCGGUUGAUCGGCAGGCCCUGGAAGGACGAAAAGGUGCAGUCCGACCGGAAGUCUUGGCCCUUCGAAGUGUUCGAAGAGAAGGGCGCCCCCAGGAUCAGGGUGGACGUCGGUGGCAAGAAGGAGACCUUCGCCCCGGAGGAGAUCAGUGCGAUGGUUCUCCGGAACUUGAAGGAAACUGCAGAGGGCGCGCUGGGCGAGCCAGUCAACAGGGCCGUGAUCACAGUGCCGGCCUACUUCGACGAACGGCAGCGGCAGGCAACCAGGGCCGCCGGCAGGAUCGCGGGGCUGGAGGUGGUGGCCAUGAUCAACGAGCCCACGGCCGGCGCCAUCGCCUACGGCCUGGACAAGAAGUCGGCCAAGAAGAAGACGGUGUUCGUCUACGACCUGGGCGGCGGCACCUUCGACGUGUCCGUCAUGGUCAUCGAGGGCAGUGAGUUCAAGGUUCUCGCCUCGGGCGGAGACACGCACCUCGGCGGACAGGACUUCGACUUGCGUCUCGUGUGUUACUGCGUGGAGGAGAUCCGCAGACAGCACGGCGUGGACCUCGCGGCCCUGCAGGACAAGCAGAGCUUGCAGGACUUGCGCAAGGCGUGCGAGUUGGCCAAGCGCAUGCUGUCCAGCCUCCACGAGGCUCCAAUCUCCGUGUUCCUGACCCGUCACCAGAUCGGCUACAACACCAAGAUCAGCCGGGCGCGCUUCGAGAACCUGUGCGCCGACCUGUUCAAGAAGACCGUGGAUAUCACCAACGAGGUCCUGGCCGACGCAGAGGUUAGCCACGCCGCCAUCGACGAGGUGGUGCUGGUGGGGGGCUCCACGCGCAUCCCCAAGGUGCGCUCCAUGCUGUCCAAGCUGUUCGGCGGCAAGGAGCUCUGCAGGGCCAUCAACCCCGACGAGGCCGUGGCCUACGGCGCCGCGGUGCACGCCGCCGCCCUGUCGGGGGACAAGUUCGCGGAGAACCUGGUCAAGCUCAAGGACGUGACCCCGCUCUCUCUCGGUGUCGAGAUUAUCGGCGGAAGAUUCUCUCCUCUGAUUAAGAAAAACAGUCCAAUUCCGUGUAGGAAUACCGAGAAGUACUAUACCUGCCACGACAACCAGACUCAAAUGACAUCUAAAGUGUAUCAGGGGGAGCGUCCUCUUGUCAAGGACAAUCACUGCCUGAACAAGAAGUACACCAUCGAAGUCCCUCCCAGGCCUGCUGGCGAAUCCAGCAUCGACGUGACGUUCGAGAUCGACACGGACGGGUUGCUGACGGUGACGGCCGUGGAGCCCACCACCAAGAAGCAGGUCCAGGUCAAGAUCACGAAGAGUGAGGCGCACCUCAGCGAGAAGGACAUCCAGGACAUGAUGGAGAAGGCGAAACGUUUCCAGCGCGAGGACGCCGAAGAACUGAGGCGUGUCGAAGAGUCUUUGAGAAACCAGCGAUUGUGGCCCGUGGUGGGCAUCGACCUGGGCACCACGUUCUCCGUGGUGGCCAUGUACCGCAGGGGCAAGGUGGAAAUCUUCGCCAAUGACAACGGCAGCCGCACCACUCCCAGUGUGGUGGGCUUCAUGGACGGCGAGUCCUUCGUCGGGGAGGCGGCCAAGGACCUGCCGGCCUCCAAACAGAUCUACGACGCCAAACGGUUGAUCGGCCGUCCCUGGAGAGACGACAGUGUGCAGUCUGGCCAGAACAUGUGGCCCUUCAAGGUGGUGGAGGACAACGGUGCGCCCAGGAUCCAGGUGGACGUGGGUGACGAGAAGGAGACGUUCACCCCGGAAGAGAUCUCUGCGAUGGUGCUCCGCGACUUGAAGGAGACGGCGGAAAACGCGCUGGGCGAGCCGGUGAGCAAGGCCGUGAUCACCGUGCCGGCCUACUUCAACGAGCGGCAGCGGCAGGCGACCAGGAACGCCGGCAGGAUCGCGGGGCUGGAGGUGGUGGCCAUGAUCAACGAGCCCACGGCCGGCGCCAUCGCCUACGGCCUGGACAAGAAGUCGGCCAAGAAGAAGACGGUGUUCGUCUACGACCUGGGCGGCGGCACCUUCGACGUGUCCGUCAUGGUCAUCGAGGGCAGCGAGUUCAAGGUUCUCGCCUCGGGCGGAGACACGCACCUCGGCGGCCAGGACUUCGACGCGCGCCUUCUCAAACACUGCGUGGAGGAAAUUCGAACAAAGCACGACGUGGACCUAGAGGGGCUGAUGGACUAUGAGAGUCUGCAUGACUUGAGAAAGGCGUGCACAUUGGCCAAGUGCAAGCUGUCCAACCCCAAUUACCUCGAGACUUCGUUGCGUAUUUACUUUCCCCGACACGAGAUCGGCUACAGCACCAAGAUCAGCAGGAAGCUCUUUGCAACCCUGUGCGCCGACCUGUUCCAGAAGACGAUAGAUCUUUCCAGCGAAGUCCUGGCAGAGGCAGAGGUGAUCCAGAGUGACAUCGACGAGGUGGUGCUGGUGGGCGGCUCGACGCGCAUCCCAAAGGUGCGCGCCAUGCUGUCCGAGCUGUUCGGCGGCAAGGAGCUCUGCAGGGCCAUCAACCCCGACGAGGCCGUGGCGUACGGCGCCGCGGUGCACGCCGCCGUCCUGUCCGGAGACGAGUCCGUCGAGAAGCUGGUCAAGCUGAGGGACGUGACCCCGCUGUCCCUUGGAACCGACCUCGUCGGUGGAAGGUUUUCGGCGGUGAUCAAGAGAAACCGUACAAUCCCUUGUAGCAACACCAUAACGUAUUGCACUGCCUUCGACUACCAGACUAGCAUUACAUCUGAUGUCUACCAAGGCGAGUGCCCUCUCUACAAGGACAACUACUGCCUCAACAAGAAGUUUACAGUGGACGUCCCUUCCAAACCCAGUGGUGAAGCCACCAUCGACGUCACGUUCGAGAUCGACUCGGACGGGUUGCUGACGGUGACGGCCGUGGAGCCCACCACCAAGAAGCAGGCCCAGGUCAAGAUCACUCGGAAGGAGGCGCACCCCAGCGAGCAGGACAUCCAGGACAUGAUGGAGAAAGUGAGGCGUUUCACUGGUAAAGUUACGGUGUAAUGACGCACAGUGGCGCGAAAGAGAAGACCGGUGGAAAUGGUCAAAAUUUCGGACGGGUUUGGAGCUCAAGAGCCGCUAAAUAGGACUCGCACAGAACGUGCGUCUCCACGGAUGGAUUGCUCUUCGAACACUGUCAGAAAAAAGUACGGAACAUGUCUGGUCAAUAAUUUGCCUGGACCGUCCGUACUUGCCAACUACGGAACGUUCCGUACCUUUUCUCCGUACCCAUUU